AGGCCGGCCAGUGAGGCGCCGCCGGGGAGGCCGCGACGGAGCUCCCGGACUGGCCAUGGGCUGAGACGCGUCCUCGCCGAGCAGUCAGUAGUGAGAGUGACCCUUCUGUACCCCAGCAGACCAUGCCGGGGUGAGUCCCUCCCAGAUCUUCUUCCUCGUGGCCUUCCUCGACCUCCCUGGUGACACUAUGCAACCCCAGCGCGACCUGCGAGGCCUCCGGCUCCUGCUGCUGUCCUUGCUCCUGCUCCUCUUCGAGGUGGCCAGAGCCGGCCGCCCAGUGGUUAGCUGUCCCGCCUCCUGCCUGUGCGCCAGCAACAUCCUCAGCUGCUCCAAGCAACAGCUGCCCAAUGUGCCGCACUCCUUGCCCAGCUACACAGCAAUCCUGGACCUCAGCCACAACAACCUGAGCCGCCUGCGGGCUGAGUGGACCCCCAUGCGCCUGACCCACCUGCACUCCCUGCUGCUGAACCACAACCACCUGAACUUCAUCUCCUCUGAGGCCUUUUCCCCAGUACCCAACCUGCGCUACCUGGAUCUGUCCUCCAACCAGCUGCGCACGCUGGACGAGUUCCUGUUCAGUGAGCUGCAGGCCCUGGAGGUGCUGCUGCUCUACAAUAACCGCAUCAUGGCCGUGGACCGCAGCGCCUUUGACGACAUGGCUCAGCUGCAGAAACUCUACUUGAGCCAGAACCAGAUCACCCGCUUCCCUCUGGAGCUGGUCAAGGAAGGAGCCAAGCUGCCCAAACUGACGCUCCUGGAUCUCUCCUCCAACAAGCUGAAGAGCUUGCCGUUGCCCGACCUGCAGAAGCUGCCGGCGUGGAUCAAGAACGGCCUGUACCUGCACAACAACCCCCUGAACUGCAACUGCGAGCUCUACCGGCUCUUUUCGCACUGGCAGUACCGCCAGCUGAGCUCCGUGAUGGACUUUCAGGAGGACCUGUACUGCGUCAACUCCACGAAGCUGCACAGUGUCUUCAGCCUGAGCUUCCUCAACUGCAGCGAGUACAAGGAGCGGGCGCGGGAGGCCCACCUGGGCGACACCUUGACCAUCAGGUGUGACACCAAGCAGCAGGGCAUGACCAAGGUGUGGCUGACUCCGAGCAAUGAGCGGGUGCUGGAUGAGGGGGCCAAUGGCACGGUGACAGUGUCCAAGGACGGCAGUCUUCAUUUUGAGCGGGUGCAGGUGGAGGAUGGGGGUGUGUAUACCUGCUACGCCGUGGGGGAGACUUUCAAUGAGACGCUGUCUGUGGAAUUGAAAGUGCACAACUUCACCUUGCACGGACACCACGACACCCUCAACACAGCCUAUACCACCCUGGUGGGGUGUAUCCUCAGUGUGGUCCUGGUCCUUAUUUAUCUGUACCUCACCCCUUGCCGCUGCUGGUGCCGGGGCGUAGAGAAACCUGCCAGCCAUCAAGGAGACAGCCUCAGCUCGUCCAUGCUUAGUACCACACCCAACCACGAUCCCAUGGCUGGUGGGGACAAAGAUGAUGGUUUUGACCGGCGGGUGGCCUUUCUGGAACCUGCUGGCCCCGGGCAGGGUCAAAACGGCAAGCUCAAGCCAGGCAACACCCUGCCAGUGCCUGAGGCAACGGGCAAGGGCCCACGGAGGAUGUCGGAUCCGGAAUCCGUCAGCUCGGUCUUCUCUGAUACGCCCAUUGUGGUGUGAGCAGGAGGGGUUGGUGGGGAGAUUCUGCCCCAGGAGAGGUAAUGCACCCCCCGAAGGAUGUGAGGGGAUGGAAGAGAGGGCUGGCUGCCCAAGGGAAUGGGUUCCUCCUGGCCUCAAGAGAAUUGGUCCUGGGCGCCACAGCGGGCAAGACCCCGGCGAGGGUAUGGCUGCCUGCUUUUCCAAUAUGGGUAUAUUAAUCCUCAGGCAAACGCUAUACCCCUCCCCAAAGCCCUGGCAAUUCUCCGUGCGGUAGAGGAAGAGGAGCAUGUCUGAGUUGGUUGGGGAUGAAGAAGAGGUGAGGGAAAGAGCAGAUUGCCGACCUUUUGAGGUCACCCCAGCUCCUUAAGAGAAAACCAUUUGAAAAAAAAAUCUCGUUCUGUCUCUGCCCACCCAUAGCCGUGGUGUUGUGUGUGUUGGGGGCAGCUUCCACAGGAGCCGCUGUGGGGUCGAGCUGUAGCGUCUUCUUUAGGCAGGAAGUCCCGCUUUGCAACUGAGGACUUGGGAAAAGGAGUCAGGAAAAGGCUGAGACCUCAAUCAGUGAUGCUCCCCAAGGCCAUUGUGCCUCUUUCCCGAUGAACCCAGGGAGCACAGAGCCUUGCAGGAGCCUGGCCUGUCGCCUGUUGGUUAUGGCAGCAAUGUGGCUAGUGGGAUGUGUGCCUUGUCUUGGGACCAAUGUGGUACAGAGGGAUACAGCCUAGGUACCAACACAGGACUUGCAGGGUUGGGGGUAGGAGUGGGAGAAGUAAACUCCAGAUGGGCUAAUGCCCUGGUUGGUGAAACCCUUGGUUAGCACUGGAUUCUCAGCAUGUGUGUCAGACCAGGGUGGGGCUGCUGAAGGCAGAGCCUUCAUGGAUGCCUGCCACAGAUGUGGUACGUGGGCCCCCUUCCCUCUAGAAGGAAGAGGGUAGAUGGCCUCUAGUAUGAAGGAGCCGGCUGGGCCCACCCGAGUUUCUGUGUUUGCCAUCUCUUCGCUCAGCCUCCUUGUCAAGUUCACAUGGGAUUCCGAGUUUCCCUGGAUGUACUGCUCUGCCCUAGCUGGGUUAGACUGGGCUUGGCGCUAGAGGGGGACUCGGGCUGGAUCUCCUCUCUCAGAUGUCACUCCUGCUACGCAGCCCAAGUGUGGGAUGCUGUCAUGUGGGGGGUGGCAAUUAGGUGGCCUCUGUCCCAGAAUGGCAAUUUGGAGUGUGGCGCAGAGCUCUGCCCCCUCUAGCAGGCUCUCAGCAGUCCAGCAGCAGGCAGUCGGUCACAUUAAACUCUCAGAAGGAAAGUUCUCCACCCCGAGUCUCCACAGCUGUAGCUGUCAGGCCAGAGGGAAUUGAGAAGAAUGAGCCCAGCGUUACCUUCCCUCCAAGUCGCAGAGUGCUGUGGACGUGGAGCUGACUGUGCCCUUUAACCUCUGCCCUUGACGUGACUGCGGGCCCUGGGAGGUGGCUGCUCUGAGCUGUGGCAGGGGAGGCGAGCAGGGCAGAGGCGAAGGUGGCCCCUGACUUUGGUCUUUUUCGGUGUCUCUUCUCUCCCACGUUUCCUGUCGGGAUUUCUCCUCCAGAUCCUCUAGUUUUGCUUUUUAGGUUCCAAGAGGCAUUGUUUACCUGUGGGGGAGGGCUGCUUGCUAGGGGGACUGACUAUGAAGCUGCCUAUUAAGUUUGAGGAAGGGGAUGGAACUCAGGCUCUUUCCCUUACCUCUUCCUGGAUCUCGAGACUGCCGGCCACCCUUCAUUAGAACCUGGUUUCGCCGAGAGAGGCGCGGCAUUCCACUCCAGUACUUGUAUGCACGUAGGGAUGCAUGCUUAUAGGUGUGCACGCACAGCGGCCCCUUGGCCUCCAUGAAGACAGUGAAGCUGUAGUCCCCACUGAUGCCAUUCUCAGAACGGUUCACAACGUCAUGCACACAAUUUUGCCCUAUAGGAGAGACAGUGAACACGCCAGGCUCCGCACGCACGCACGCACGCACACACACACACACACACUCUUGUGCUUUAGUUUCUGAACUCCCUGAAGCUUCACUCACACGCCCAUGGCGCUAGAUCGCCUCUCUGCAAAGGCUGGAGUUAAGGCAAAGAUUGAAGAACUUGGGAGAAGGAGUGGUGAGGAACUAGCUGAGUCCUCAGAGGGAAAAAAAAAAUACAUAUAAAACAAAAUGAAGGUAGAAUGAGAUGAAGAAUCCAGAAAGAAACCAGCAGGAGAGCCACUGCCUGUGAGCUGCUCUUCCUGCCUUGACAGCCCUAGUAAGACAAGGGCAGGAGGGAAAAGUUGUUUGUAUUCCAGAGACUUCUGAGGGUUUUGUUGCUGGAGCUGUAGGUGCUGGGACUCCCUCCUCAGACUUACCAGGAAGCCAGGGGGAAAAAUCUCAUCUCCACAACGCAGUUGCAGUUUCCGCUCUUGGCGCCACCUAGGGCUCUGAGAAUCUUUAAAGUGAAUGUGAAAUCAAACAAGCCUCUGGGCGUUCACGCUGAGCUCCUAAGGACGAGCAGGCUGUGUUCUUCUCAUGUCCUCCCGGCUUGGGGAACGAGAAGCAGCCCUGCAGCUCGCAGCUCCCUGCCUAGUCUGCUAGUUUGGCCCCUAGCUGGACACACCUGGUAGACGUGCCUGGCCUUCUCUCCGAGAGAUUUAACUGAUGAACCUCUUUCCGUGGCAUCAGCCACUGGAACCCCCAGGUAGCUUUCUACUCGGGAGAAUGAGUACUUGGCUUGGCAUAUGUAACCCCACCAGACCCCUGUGUAGAGAACCACUCCCACCCCACUCCCAUAAACCAGACAUGUCUCCCAGGAAGCAGGUGUCCUUGGAGACAGGAUGACAGGGCUGUACAAUCUGUCUGUGUGAUUAUUUGUGAUUUUUUUUCUUUGCCUGUAUUCAUGGGGCCCCCCAGGAGGGGGUCAGGAGAGAGGGUACACCCCAGCUGGGGAGAACAGAGCCGAUUGGUUCCCAUUUUCUGUGUGUUCUGACCUCUGUACUUCCUUGUGGCCCUGCUGGCCAAGCAGCAGGCCUCCUGUGUCCAGGCCCCCCUGCCUCCCACUGUGUACAACCCAGGCUGGCACACCUCAGAGUCCCCAGGCUCUGAAACCUCGACCAUGAUCAUUAAACCUGGCUUGAGUCUCUGUUCUGGCA